UACGUAUCAAAGGAUCAAGUUAUUCAAGUUAAGUAUAAGUACUUCAUGAUUGCACUUAAGCACAGACUGUUGUCGACCUCAUUAUUUCUGACGUUUCACACCAGCCGGUUCAGCUUUGGGCAGAUAUUCACUCCCUUCAACUCCAGUUGUCAUUACAUUGUUAGUGUCUCUCUCUCUGUGUCCAUCUCUCUUUGCCUCUGUCUGUCCUUCUGUCCGUCUCUCUCUCUCUUUGCCCCUCUCUGUGUCUCUCUCUCUACCUCUUUUCCUUCCUCAUUCAUGUUACCAUGAACGAGACUCAACACGUCACUUUGCUCAUUCAGUCUCGCUUCCUGUUCACACUCUGUUCCCUUUGCUCCGACACUCGGCAGCGACCCACACAUUGCUGCAUGGAUGGAUUAGUUUGGUCUGUGUGUACCUGUGUGUAGAUGUGUGACAGCGGAGUGUGUGAGGACAAGCCCCCCGCCCCCCCUGUCAGGAUGAGCAGCCAAGGAGGAGGAGCCAAGGACCCCCAGUCGGCCAAUCACAACUCUCGGCCCCUGCCGUCUGUGCCUGAGGAGAAAAAGCCCAGAAAUAAGAUUAUCUCCAUGUUUGCCUCAGAGAAAGGAGGCAGGAAGAAGGACCGGGACAAGGACAGACCUGAGAUCUCCUCCCCCUCAGACUUUGAACACACCAUCCAUGUGGGCUUUGAUUCAGUCACUGGAGAGUUCACUGGCAUGCCGGAGCAGUGGGCCCGUCUUCUUCAAACCUCCAACAUUAGUAAAUCGGAACAGAAACAGAAUCCUCAGGCCGUUCUCGACAUCCUCAAGUUUUACGACUCCACCAGUGGAAAACAGAAAUACCUCAGUUUUUCCGCCUCGGAUAAAGACUCUCAGUCGCCAGGCAAGCAGGGUACAGCGGCCUCACAAUCGGGUGGCAAAGAUGGUGACGAUGACGAUGAUGACGACACACCCCCUCCAGUGGUGGCGCCACGGCCAGAACACACAAAAUCAGUGUACACCAGGUCGGUGAUAGACCCACUCCCAGCGCCAGAGGUAGACGGUGCCUCGAGGGCGGCUGACAGACAGAAGAAAAAGGGCGGCAAGAUGACCGACGAGGAGAUCAUGGAGAAGCUCCGGACUAUUGUCAGCAUUGGAGAUCCUAAGAAGAAAUACACUCGCUAUGAGAAGAUCGGCCAGGGGGCCUCUGGCACAGUUUAUACAGCCAUAGAUGUCGCCACAGGACAAGAGGUGGCCAUCAAACAGAUCAACUUGCAGAAGCAGCCGAAGAAGGAGCUGAUUAUCAACGAGAUCCUGGUCAUGAAGGAGAUGAAGAAUCCCAACAUUGUCAACUUCGUAGAUAGUUUCCUCGUAGGAGACGAGCUGUUUGUGGUGAUGGAGUAUCUGGCUGGUGGCUCCCUAACCGAUGUUGUGACGGAGACGUGUAUGGACGAGGCUCAGAUCGCAGCAGUCUGCAGAGAAGUCCUCCAGGCUCUGGAGUUUCUUCACGCCAACCAGGUCAUCCACCGAGACAUCAAGAGUGACAACGUAUUGCUGGGCAUGGACGGAUCAGUCAAACUCACCGACUUUGGCUUCUGCGCCCAGAUCACUCCGGAGCAGAGCAAACGUAGCACCAUGGUGGGGACCCCGUACUGGAUGGCUCCAGAGGUGGUGACCAGGAAAGCCUACGGGCCCAAAGUGGACAUUUGGUCUCUGGGGAUCAUGGCCAUAGAGAUGGUGGAGGGAGAGCCUCCAUAUCUCAACGAGAACCCUCUCAGGGCCUUAUAUUUAAUCGCCACCAAUGGGACUCCUGAGCUGCAGAGUCCGGAGAAGCUGUCUCCUGUCUUCAGAUCCUUCCUGUCCCGCUGUCUGGAGAUGGAUGUGGAGAAACGAGGAUCAGGGAGAGAACUGCUGCAGCACCCAUUCCUGAAGCUGGCCAAGCCUCUGUCCAGCCUCACUCCGCUCAUCCUGGCAGCCAAGGAGGCCAUGAGGAGCAACCGUUAAAUCCCAGUCACUCCGAACCGCGAGACCUGAUGCCACAUAACCCCUGUGCCGAUGCCAGAUUUAUCAUUCCUACUUGUGCCUUGUUCUAAAGCCGCAUACCGCCAUAAUGUGUAUUCUACGUGUUGCAGCCAGAGCAAGGGUGUGUGUUGUUGAUGUUGACACUGGUUGGUUACUUAUUACGGUAUGCAUAUAAGGAAUGAGGUUUCACUGUUGCAAAGGUUCGCGAUUGUUUACACAUCAGGGGCCAUAUCCACAAAGGAUCUUAUCAGCAGCUCGGCUGUCACUGGAUUAUUGUUUUUUUGUUGAGCUGUUGUCAAAACAUGCUUCAAUAAAUGAGUUCAUUAUCAUACUAUUUAUAUGCAUUACCUGCAGCAGGUGAAUAAGUCAAUAAUGCUCAUUUGAUUGGGGAAUUAGUCUUUGAUAAAGUUGCUUUUAUUUUGAGCAUUUUUUUCUUCUAUCUGGUGUAAUUUUCUGACAUGAGCAAACUUGUCCACCACUUGAGAUAUUUUCCAAUAUCACAAGAACUUUGGAGUGUGGAGAGACUGGAACCUUUGCAACUGGUUCCUGCUUUUGCUGUUUGUGUGGUUACACACAUGCAUCCUUGCUGGGUAAAAUAGCUUUGAAAGUGGAGUGGAAAUCUAAAGUGUCCCAAUACUGUGAUGUACUGCAGCCCACACCAUCGGACAAUGCAGCCUUUUUGCAGGGGGGGG